AUGUGGGCAUCGAAUAAUUUGCGGGGAAAUUUUUUUGGUGGAUUUAGGACCACAUCUAGAUGUGAGGGUUUUCACUCUGAGUUAGGCAAAUAUGUUUAUUCCCGACAAAACUUGACAGACUUCUUACAACAGUUGACUACCUGUGUGAAGCAUAUGCGAUAUAGAGAGCUGAAUGAUGAUUGUCGUUCUAUACAUGGAGUGCUUGUACCCUUAACCAAAUUAAAAUCAUUGGAAAUUUCAACUACAAAACACCUUACUGAAAAUGUGUGUCGUUUAUUUUGUCCUGUUUUGCAUCAUGCUCCGUUGCUGAAAAUUGUAGACUGCAAGGAUGCUUUGACGUGCUCAAUUUAUACUGUGGCUAAGCCAAGUUUUUGGGCCAAGGAGUGGCAUAUUUCUUUUUAUCCGGAUAGCAAAGACCUGAAAUGUUCUUGUAUGAAGAUGGAGUCACGGGGCUUACCAUGUGAGCACAUAGUGGUUGUGUUAGCGCAUUUAAGAAUGGAAGAGUUACCUGAAUGCAUUAUUUUGAAAAGAUGGACCAAGGGUGCAAGAGAUGGGUUAUAUAGUGGUAAAGAUUUUCUGAAUGAUGGUUGGGAUUCUCCAAAAAGCAGUAGAUGUGGAGCAUUGAUGGAUCUAUAUAGGGUCCUUGCUGAUUUGAAUUAUGAUAAUGUGGUUGAUUUCAAUGAUGCAAGAGGAAAGGCCAUUGAGCUAAUUGAGCAAAGUAAGGCGAAGAAAUCAUGUUAA